GUGUAUGGGCCAAGUCAGUGAGCAUAUAAUUAUUUUAAGAAUCAGCAGAUGGCAAGAUGUUGGAAAUAAGUUGGAAGAUGAUGUGCGCGUUUCUGUUAUUGUUUUGCCUUCGAUUCCAAGUGCCGACAGCAGCGCCACCCGGGAUCCAAAAUGUCAGUUGCAAUGUGAUUAAGAUGCCGAUGGGGCAAGUCGUGAACGAGACCAUGCAACCACAACGGGACCCGCCAGUGCUGCAGAGCGUUUUUGAUUGGCCACCCAGCUGUCCGCCGGGCUUUGAAUUGACCGGAGAACGUCAACGUUGUCGCAAGAAGGUCUAAAGAACUCAGCCGACUCUAGUCAACAAGCGAUACAAAGAUACGAAGAUACAUGCUUGCGAUAACAAAAUGUGA